AUGCUAAGUUUGUUCUGGCCACUGCUGCCUCUGGUUGCCUCUAUCCAUCCAGAAUGCAGGAUAUUCCAGCAGGUGGUAAAAGAUGAAGCUCUCUGUUUACAGAAAAAUGAAUCAAUUUUAUCAGAUUUUGAAGGAUGUCCAGGAGAUUGGGAUGGUCUAAGUUGCUGGCCCAAAGCUGCUUUUGGGGAGGUGGUGAAAGUGGCCUGCCCAGGUUUUUUUGAAGAAAUCACGAAUAUACAUGGUUUCCUGCAGAGAAAUUGUACGCAAGAAGCCUAUUGGUCAGAACCAUUUCCACCGUACUCUGUCGCUUGUGGAUUUGAUGAAGGUGCCAGUAAAGGGCCUGAAGAUCAGAAAUCAUAUUAUUCUGCUGUUUGGCAUGUCUACACAGCCGGCUAUGCGACCUCGCUGACUUCUCUCAUCACAGCUGUCCUUGUCUUUGCUGCCUUCAGAAAAUUCCACUGUACACGUAAUUACAUCCACAUGCACCUCUUUGUUUCCUUCAUCCUGAGAGCCAUUGCUGUUUUCACCAAAGAUGCUGUCCUGUUUGCAGAUGAAAACAUGGACCACUGCCUUAUGUCAACGGUUGCAUGUAAGGCGGCUGUGGCCUUCUUUCAGUUCAGCAUUUUAGCCAACUUCUUCUGGCUCCUGGUAGAAGGGAUAUACCUGCAAACGCUGCUUCUGUUGACCUUUGUUUCUGACAAACAGUAUGUGUGGUGGUUCAUUUUGGCUGGCUGGGGGGCUCCCACUGUUGUGAUGUCUGCUUGGAUUGUAACCAGAAUCUACAGACAAAAUACAGGGUGCUGGGAUGACGACGAGGAGAAUGGGAUGGUGUUAUGGAUCAUCCAGGGACCCAUCCUGCUGACUGUAUUAGUUAACUUCAUUAUAUUUGUAAAUGUGAUCAGGAUUCUAGUACAAAAAUUAAAAACACCUGAGGUUGGAGGCAGCCACUCCAGCCAUUUUUUGAGACUAGCUAAAUCCACACUACUUCUGAUCCCACUCUUUGGAGUACACUAUAUCGUAUUUGCUUUUUUCCCAGAAAGCACUGGAUUGGAAGCUAGACUUUAUAUGGAGCUAGGCUUGGGCUCCUUCCAGGGCUUUGUUGUUGCCCUUUUGUAUUGCUUCUUAAAUGGAGAGGUUCAAGCUGAACUGAAGAAGCGGCUGCGUAAGUGGCAAUACCAAGAGUACUUGAACUUCACGUACAGAAAACGGACUGUAUCCAGAGAAAACAGUCCUGUUAACUAUGUCACACAGUUAUCACUACUGGAAAAAAUCAGCCCUAAGAAAAAAACAUCCAAGUACCAGAAUGGCAUGUCCUCUGUCUGA